CACUUCUUUUCUUUUUCGUUUUAAUUGUCUUUUUCAACAAGGAAGUUUCCGUCCCUUUUGAUGCAUCAGAAUCUGAACGCGUACCUCGCAAAUCUGGAAACUCGUGUAUAUCUGCUACACCUUCGUUGCUGUGGAUCCUAAAUUCCCGUCAGUUUCAGAAUCGAUCCAGAUAGAUUUUUGCUGAUCCUUCCCAAGAAUGGUGUUCAACUUGCACUCUCCGUCCGUGUCCAGCACCGAUUCAGACACCGAGAGUGUAGCGAAGACAGGUUCUUGCCUAUUGUUCCCAAGAACGACGCUGCUCUCCGGGCCUUUCUCUCGGGCCAGCACCGAUUUAGACACCAAGAGUGGAGGGAUGGGAGGGAAGGCAGAAAAGCUGUAUUGGAAAUGGGGCCUAAAUUCUGACCAACUUGGAAGGAAAGCUAUGAGAGGACUGCCAGCGUCUCAAGAAGCUCUUGUGAAGAACCCCAAGGUAAAGCGAGAUGCAUUGGUGGGGAGCGAGAUUGGGAGGUUGGCGGUGGUGAGUGGCGGCGGCAGAGUGGAGGAACCUCCGGCCACGGCAAAAUCCGGGGAGGUGAUAACGCCCAACCUGAGAAUGUACACGCUGGCGGAGCUGAAGAGGGCGACCCGGAACUUCAGGCCGGACACGAUGCUCGGGGAGGGCGGGUUCGGAAGGGUGUUCAAGGGCUGGGUGGACGAGAGGACGCUCGCCCCGUCCAAGGACGGCAAGGGCAUCCCGGUGGCCGUCAAGAAGUCCAAUCCCGACAGCGAUCAGGGCUUGCGCGAAUGGCAGUCGGAAGUCAAGUUCUUGGGGAAAUUUUCUCAUCCGAAUUUGGUGAGAUUACCGGGGUAUUGCUGGGAAGACAAUCAGUACCUCCUCGUAUACGAGUACAUGCAGAGGGGAAGCCUAGAGAAUCACCUUUUCAGAAGAGGAGCUGAACCACUUCCGUGGGCCGUGAGGCUUAAAAUAGCAAUCGGAGCUACCCGUGGGCUUGAAUUCUUGCAUAGACCCGAGAUUAACGUCAUCUACCGGGAUUUUAAAUCUUCCAAUAUAUUAUUGGAUGUGGACUUCAAUGCCAAGCUCUCGGAUUUCGGGCUAGCAAAACGGGGGCCAGCGGGCGGGAACUCUUACGUGACCACGCAAGUGAUUGAGACGGAUGACGACGCCACUCCCGAGUACUUUGCCACCGAUAUCGGGCUAGCAAAGCUGGGACUGGCGGGUGGGAACUCUCAUGUGACCACACGAGUGAUCGGAACAUAUGGAUACGCCGCGCCCGAGUACAUCGCCACCGGGCAUCUGUAUGUGAAGAGCGAUUUAUACGGUUUCGGGGUGGUUCUCCUAGAAAUGUUGACGGGUUUACAAGCGCUUGACAAUACCCGCCCCAGCGGCCAGCAGAAUCUGGUGGAAUGGGCGAGGCCGUCGCUCCGCGACAAGAGGAAGCUGAGGAAGAUAAUGGAUUCGAGACUAGAAAGACGAUACCCUCUGAAAGCUGCAACUCAGGCAGCUGAGCUCAUCCUCAAAUGCCUGGAGGGCGAUCCUAACGUGAGGCCCUCGACGGAUGAAGUACUGAAGACAUUAGAACAAAUCAACACCAUUCGGGUGAAAAAGAAAGGAGACCAAGGCGAGCACAUCGAGCCGGCCAUCCUCUCACCAACAUCACCACAAUCACCACCACCGAUUGCCAAUUAACCACAAUCACAAUGCCGACGCUCCUCGUGGAUUUGGAAGUUGAUACUCCCCAUCCACGGUGUCGAGGACUUAUUGAGAUGGAGAUUUAACUUAUUUCUUGAGACUCGACGGAGCUGAAAUCUGCUAUUUAGUAGGAUAUGCAACUCAGACAUUAGAAUUUUGCAAGUAGAAAGCAACUCUAAAGGCUAGUCUCUUACUAAAUAUUUGCAGGUGGGGUAGGCUCUUCACGGCCAAAUUUGUGUGUACAGUUGUCUAGACUGGGGUUCCAAACACGAUCAAACGUUUCUCUGAAUACGCAUUCGAAUUAUUUC